GUUCUGAAAGUCUACAGUACCUUUGAACAAAUUCGAAAGUGAAAGUAAACUGCGACAAAUAGGCACAGCACAUUUAUUGUUCUUACUGUCUUGUCGGGGGAAGAUCAGGUCUAGUUAUUCGCAUAAGUGUGAUUGAGAUAUAUGAUAAAGGAUUGUAAACAUUAUUUUCUGAACUAAUAUUUCCCGAAUUCAUUUGGAUGUCGUGAUUUUUCAGAGAUUUUACGCACGACAUGCCACCUUGCGCUAUUAAAAAAAACAGCUCGAGGGCCUUGUAUACAGUUAUGUGGUCGUACAUAUUGGCAGCUUGGGGUGUGUCUCUCUCCACUGCCACUUCUGAAAUGUUCACGUGUUCGGUACCCGUGGAUCCGGUCUCUGCACGGUUGGGACAUGUUGCCACCGUGCCAUGCUGGCUCACCCCUUCCAUGAACGCAGAGGGCCUGGAGGUGCGUUGGUACCGGCCCAAAGAUUUCGACAACCCAGUCUUGCACUACAGAGACAGGAAGAUCCAGGAAGCAUCACUGCAGUCCCAAUACGUGGGCCGCAGCUCCCUGGGGCUCCGGGAGGUUACGUCAGAAGGGCUGAAGGGAGGGGAUGUGACCUUGAAGCUGGUUAAUGUCACUCUGAGAGACCAAGGGGAGUAUGUGUGUUACGUCAGCAGUAACCAGGACUAUGAGAUUGCCAGUGUCUUUCUCAAUGUGACUGUGAUGGGCACCCCUCCUCUCCUCUCAGCAGUCAGAACAGAUGCUGACUCUGUGAAUGUGAGCUGUGUUUCCCAUGGAUGGAAGCCAAGGCCCAGGCUACAGUGGUCAGAUGGGAGGCAGACUCUGAAACCUGAGAAGCUGGACUACAGCAGUGGUGCCCAUGGUCUGGUGUCUGCCCACAGCUGGGUCCUCUCUUCCUCCUCCAGUGCUCCCUGGGUAUCCUGUUCUCUGGUUUUGUCUGAAGGGGAGGAGUGGGAGGGAAGAGUGGACCUACGGAACGUUGCGGCUGUACCAGAGACUUCAUCAGGACUGCAAACAGCUGUCAUCAUUUUAGCUCUACUUCUGCUCCUGUCCGUUGUCUUCAUCGGUGUGCUCUACAAAAAGAGAGGAAACAAAUCAACACAUGUGCUCAAACGAGAUAUAGUGGAUAUCGAGACUAUGAGACAACCUGAAGAUUUAGUGGAUAUAGAGAAUAUGAGACAAGCUGGAGUGGAUGUCACAUUGGAUCCCAAGACAGCUCCUCCUUAUCUGACAGUUGGUUUAACUGGUAAAAUUGUGAGAGACAGUAAAGAUAAUCCAUGUCCUCCGGGUGAGCAUGCUUAUAUACUUGGAACUCAUGGUUUUACUUCGGGCAGCCAUGCUUACUGGGAGGUUAGACUGGAUAAGGAGAAGGUAGGCGUUAAAGAAUCCUGGUGGGUUGGACUGGCAAGUGGGCCUGUUAAAAGACAAGGUGAUGUACCAGCCACACCUUCCAAUGGUUUCUGGUUCCUGUCCUCAGACAAAGAGAAAUUCUUACGGCUUAAUAUGGCCCCCGACAUCCUACUUCCUGCCAAUCCUAGACCUCGGAUACUAGGGGUGUAUUUUGACUAUGACCAAGGAGUACUCUCUUUCAUCAACGUAAAAGACAAUAAACUGAUUGUCACUGUGAGAGCCAUGUUCAUUGGGGAGCUGUUUCCUCUUUUUAACCCAGGUCAAGGUGACACAGCCCCUAUGACGAUAUUAGAUACUAGCCACUAUAAAACAGAACCCGUCGAAGUGUCUGUUUCUGAAAGAGAGAGUAAAGUCGCUCCACCUGCUGAAGAGGAUGAGACUGAUGCCCUUCUAGCUUCUAACCAAAGUCGCAAUCAUCAGGCUUCUGAAUCCAAAGACUGUCUUUAAAUGUCUGUAACACAAUGAAAACUACAGCACUAUAUAUUAACACAUUGUUUUAUGUAUCUAGUGCACUUCAUAUUAUGGUGUGUACAGUUGUAUUCUGCAUUGGUCCAAUUCAUCAUCAUCUCCUUGCUCUUCUCCUUUGUCUGCAGUGCAAUUGGAUUUGAUUUGACUAACGUGGAAACAUAUGAUUGGUGAAAGCAGUGUAGUAGGUGGAUGCAGUGGAUGGAUGGAUGGAUGGAUGGAUAUAUAUUGUAGAUGGAUGGAUGUAGUAGGUAGAUGGAUGUGGUAGAUUGAUGGAUGUGGUUGAUGUAGUGGAUGGAUGGAUGUAGUAGAGAUAUAGUAGAUGGAUGUAGCAGUAGAUGGGUGUAGUGGCUGGAUGGAUGUAGUAGCGAUAUAGUAGAUGGAUGUAGUGGAUUUAUGGCUGUAGUAGCGAUAUAGUAGAUGGAUGGAUGUAGUAGAGAGAUGUAGUAGAUGGCUGGAUAUAGUGGAUGGAUGUAGUAGAUGGAUGUAGUGGAUUGAUGGAUGUACCGUAGUAGAGAGAUGUAGUUGAUGGAUGGAUGUAGUAGAUGGAUGUCUACUUGGUGUUUGGUUUGACCAUCCCCUGUUUUUCACAGCAGUGCAGAACAGGAGACGGAAAGAGAAGCUCCUUGCAAUAUAGCCGCUUUCUAUAGUGCUCACUAUUAUUAUUUUAAUGGUAGAGCCAUCUGGUGACAUUUCAUUUGAAACCGUAGAUUUCUCCCUGUUACAGUUUGCAAUAUAGAGCAACGUACUGCUCACUAGAAAAUAUCAGAUUAUACUGACUGGAGUAUGUGCAUUUAAAAACAAAAAAAUCCCACUGGGAAAAAUCUUUUUCAACAGCCAACAGGAAAACUUGGCCAUCUUUCUAGGGCUCCAUCUUUCCGACUUGAAGUUCAUUGACUUAAUGAUUUGACCUCGUUUUUUUCCCCAAGUCCCCAGUUAUCUUGAAAGCAACAUGACCACCACAUGCAGGUACCAUCAGUUCAGGAAAAUAAAAAGCAAAUUAUUUCAAUUUGUGCUCAGCUGUGCGUCGCAAGUGCUACAUCAACUGAUCUAUUUUGUCAAUCAAAGCUUGAGAUUUGAAAUGUAAUGUUGUCUGAGAGGAACAAUAUUGGCAGUCUAGGGCCGUAGCUAAUAUCUUCUGAUAAUGUAUUAGGCCUCCUGAAAAAAAUCGAAUUCCUAACAGAACUGUUUUUAUAAUUUUAAUGUAAAAAUCUCCAAAUCAUGCUUAAAAGAAAAAAAUCUGAAAAGUUGAUCUCGGCAUGCAAUAUGUUUUCUGGUUGUGGGCCCAAUGGUCAAACAGAAACAGUUUUCUUAGCCUGCGUUUACACUAUUUGGUGUUUUGACCAAUCAGACCAGGUCUGAAAAGAUCUGAUGAGAAAAUAUCUGAUGUAAUUGGUCGAAAUACCAAUUAGUGGGAAAAAAUAUGAAUUACUGAGGAUAAUAGGCCACUCCUAUUUGCCAUAUCUGUAUACCAUCUAUUGCAUCUUGCAUCUAUGCCACUCGAUCAUUGCUCAUCCAUAUGUGUACA